UAAAUAAAUAAACACUAGUACUCCUUAUUCCCUUUAUCUUUUUUCAUCAUCACCUUCUCUUUCUCUCGUUAAUUCUCUGCAACUCAUCUUUCUUUGCCUGAUGUGAUUCUCCACCAUAUCCUCCUCCAAUUCCCCCCACCCCCCACAACCCCCAUCAACCUUUACAAAAGAAAGAAAAGAAUUAAAGCUCAAGUUAUCAACAAUUAUGGUUUUCUCUUCAUCUAUUCCAGUCUAUCUAGAUCCAUCCAAUUGGCAACAACAGCAACUUAAUCAACAAAGUGGAAGUGAAAACUCUCAACUGCCACCACCUCAUCCCGAUGGUGGUGGUGGCGGUGGCAGUGGUGGUGGAGGGUCAAUCAGGCCUGGUUCGAUGGCUGAUCGAGCUAGGUUAGCCAAGAUACCACAACCUGAGGCAGCUCUUAAAUGUCCAAGAUGUGAUUCCACAAACACUAAGUUUUGUUACUUCAAUAAUUACAACCUCUCACAACCUAGGCACUUUUGCAAGACCUGUAGAAGAUACUGGACAAGAGGAGGUGCACUAAGGAAUGUCCCGGUCGGAGGUGGUUGUAGAAGGAACAAGAGAAGCAAAGGAAGUGGCAGAUCAAAGUCUCCGGUUACAUCCGGGUCUAACUCCACCAGUGCACUUGCUUCUAAUAGUUGUUCUUCUACUAUGUUAGGUCAUAUGCCCCCUCAAGGAACACAAUUACCACUUUUACCCCCUUUGAAUCAUCUUAAUGACUAUAAUUCUAGGGGCAUUAUUGGCCUGAAUUUUUGUGGAAAUCAGGCGCCGGUGGCGGAGGCUGGUUGUGGUGAUAUGGAAUUUCAGAUUGGGAGUGGUAAUUCAAGUGGUGCUAAUGCAUCUAUCAUACCAAAUGGAAUUGUUGACCAGUGGAGAUUACAACAAGUGCAUCAUCAUCAAUUCCCUAAUUUCUUGGGUAAUUUGGAAGAAACAAUAACAACAAAUGGGUUGUACCCAUUUAAUCAAGGUACUAGUAGUACUCAUGGAGGCUAUGUUGGUCAACUUAGGUCAAAGCCAUAGGAGAGUGUGGUUGCCCAAUUGGGUUCAGUGAAAAUGGAAGAAAAUCAUCAUCAAGGGUUGAAUUUGUCAAGGAACAUUUUGGGACUCAAUAAUCCGGGAAAUGAUCAUCAAUAUUGGGGUACUGGCACUACUGGCAAUUCAUGGAGUGAUCUUCCUACUGCUUUUACUUCCUCCUCAACAAGUCAUCUCUUAUGACUUCCAUGCAUAUUUCUUACCUAACCCAAGAAGAUCUAUAGCAGCUGAUGGCUAAUGGGAGAGGAUGAUAUGCUGAAGAAAGAUAGAUAUGGUAGGCUUUCUAGUCUAGAAAUUAUUUGCUGUUGUUUUUUUACUUUGUUUUGAUUUUGUUGAUGUUUGGGUAUGUUAGUUAAUAGAAACUAAUACCUGGUUUUAUAUAUAUAUGGAGUUUGAUAUCUUACAUUGGGGGCUAAA